ACUUCACGGCCGCGGAUGUCAUAGCUCCAAGUUCGAAAUUUGUUACAUAUGUUCAUGAACACUAAUCGCCCAUUUGACAUUCUAAAUCGAAGUGGAUUCGAUAAACAAUAUGAAGAGUACAAACAAGGAAUGUCUCUUACUCAGUCCGUGAUGAGUAUAUUCCAAGAGAAAUGUGAACUUCAGUCGAAUUAUUCACGAGCUCUAUCAGGAUUAAGUGGUCGUUUACGUGAUGCUCUGGCAAAAACAACGGGUGGCACAGUUCAUACAGCUUGGUUACGAAUAGCUAAUGCUAUUGAAAUAGAAUCAAAAUUACAUGAAAAAUUUGUUCAAAAUUUAUUAAAUGAUUUAAUUAAACCAUUGAAUAAUUUAAUUGAAAUAUAUAAAAAGAAUAAAAAAUCACUAAAAAAAUGUAUCGACAAAGAAACCAAUAAUUUAUUCUCUUUGUACGAAAUGGAAUUUCAUGCCAGACAUAAAUUAUUUACAUGUUUUCGUAAUUAUGAACGUGUUUGUUACAACUAUCACAUACAAUCAAGGGAUCAGCAAAACCAAUUAAGUCGAACUAUUCAAUCUAAUAAUGAUAUACAGAAAAAGCGUAGUUUAAGCAUGAAUCGAUUUGAUACAUCUAGUCUAUCGACUAUGGACUCGACAAAUAACAGUUUAUUAUCAGAUCAUUAUUCAUCGAUUCGACGAAAUUCUAUUGAUGUUGACACUAAAGUAAUAACGACAACUCUCGAAUCAUAUGACACAACAACAACAACAACGACAUCAAAUCUACUAACUUUUAAGGAUACUGAUAGUUCAACGAGUCCAUAUUUUGCUUCACGAUCCAGUACUUUGUAUACUUCUCUACCCCAUAAGAAAAAUCCAAACAUUAUUCGAUAUCAUAGCAGCUUGUCGUCGAGAAAUGGAAGAAAAUUUUUAACAAUAGAUAAGUUGAAAGACGCCUAUAAUACAACCCUAACUCAUUAUUAUCGAACAUGUCUGUCAGCUGAAGAAGCUAGAAUUGAUUGGCAUUCAAGGAUUUUGAAAUGUCUUAAUCAUCAACAAAUAUUAGAAAAUGAUCGUUUAAAUAGUUUAACUAAUGGUUUAACAGUUUAUCGUAAUACUUUAGAUGAUACUUUACCAACAUGGAAAGCUGUUAUAAAUGAAGUAGCUAAUGCUAUCAGUUUAGCUGAUCCAUUAUUAGAUUUACAAAAUUUUCGACAACGUUCUCAUCAUCAAGAAGAUUUGUCUCAAAUAUCACCACAACAAUCAACAAAUUCAAUGAACAAACAAACUAAUAGUUCCAUAAAAUCAAAGAAUGUUGGUUGUUCACUUCAACGUCUCAUCGAUUUACCAUGCGAAAAUGUGUUACUACAACAAAAUCAACUCCAUCAGAGUCCAUCCUCAAAAUCACAGGCGUUGAAUAUUAUAUGUAGAAGAAAAUCUCAAACAUGUGUUGACAGAAGCAAAGAAAAUACUCACAUAAAAUUCAUCAGUUCAUCGUCAUUAUCACCAUCAUCACCAGUUAGCUUACGUUUAAUAAUUCAACACUGUUUAAGUAAAUCGUCAAUAUUAACAUUAAUUGAUAUGUUAACUAAAGAUAUUGAAAAAGAACGUCGUACAAAAAGAGGUUUAUCGAAUUUAGUUCACGUUUACGCUCAUCAACCAGCCUAUACCGAUAUAGAUACACUUAUGGAAUCACGUCAUCGUUUAUACUUCUCACGUGUACGUCUCACUUAUCUUUUGUUAUGCCGUCAAAAAUUGACGCAUAGUUUAAAACAAAUUCAUUCAAGUUCAUUUGAAAAUAUAGAAACAGACAAAAGAACCUUCAACUCAUUAUCAUCAUCAUCAUCAUCUUCACCAUUGUCAUCGGAAAACCUAGAAUUAUCUUCAAAUUUAGUACAGGCUGGAUUUUCCAAAAUGAUUCUUACUUCACGUAUAUGUUCUGAUUUAAAUAACACUAAAACUAUCAAUAAUAACAGUAGUAAUGAUAAGAAAUCUUAUUUGAUCACAUCACGUUGGAUACGCUUACCUGAUUUGGAUAGAAUAACUAAUCAUGGGUUAAAUUUAAUGGAAUGGCCUCCAUUUCCUUUAGAAGAUAUAACACAUGAAAAUGUAAACGAUAAUAUAUUUCAAUUGGAUAUUGAAAAGAUUCGUGAACAACUUAAAUCACAAUCAUCUUGGAUAUUAGACUGUAUGAAUACUAGUAAUAGUGAUAGUCAUAAUGAUAUUGACAAUGAAAACACAUUGAGUCGUGCACAUUUUACUGUUACAUCUAAUAACACUAUUAUAACUGAUAAGUAUCAACAUGUACCUCAUGAAGUAAUGCAUAAUCAGUUUAACUCUCCAAUUAAACGAAGCGUUACAUGUUCAGAAAAGUCAGUUACAUUCACAUCAACCAACAGUAUACUUAAUAGUAACAUAAUGGAAAAAUCUAAUCAAUCAUUAAAGAAACCUUUUCAUGGUAAUAGUAUUCCUAUUAGUAAUAAUGAUAAAUCAUUAGAAAGCAAUAAACGAUUCUCCGUAAUCAAGCAAUCUCCCAACAUAGAAGUUUCUCGAAAGCGAUCACCUGAAAUUUGUAGAAUUCAAUCUGAACGAACUGAUAUUACUACUAUGAACAGUAGUAUAGGUACCAUUAAAAAUAAUACUGACAACAUUUCCAGACAUUCAAUACUUGAUCAUUCAAUAAAUUCUCAUAAACCAAUUGUACCAUUAGCAACUGAUGAAACUGAUACUGAAGAUUCUAUAAAUAAACAUUGUUCAUCAAUAUCGUCAGUUCCUUAUUCAUCAUCUAUUUCAUCAGAGAACACUGAAAAUUCUAAAGAAGUUUUAACAACUAAUUCAUUUUGGUCUCGUCUCAGCCAUGGAUUACGUGGAUCAUCUAACAACAAACAACAAUCUAAUCAUAAAAAAUCUGAACAUAAUAUCAAAUCUCACCGCAACACUAAUAAUUCGUCAUCUAGAAAAGAAAUUGUCAAAUCCGAAAUAUCAGAACCAUCAUGUUUACGCAUUGUUAACAUUCCAAAUAGUUCUUGCUCUCUUGAUUCUGGUAAUACUGGUUCCUUGGAUAGUGAACCUAGUUCUUCAUGUAAAUCAGUUCAUUUUCACACUGAUUCAAUUGUGACCGAUAACUAUAGUUUAGAGAAAAACAGUUCAGAUUUGAAUCUAGAAGUUGGAUCUUCUUCCAAUUUGCAUUGUUUAGGUUGGGCCAAAGUUCAACGAAGCUAUCUACCUCGCAAUCCCACUGAAAUUCAUUUACAAGAAGGUGAUAUAAUUAGUAUUUACCGUAAAGUUAACUCGGAUUGGUGGUAUGGUGAAGUGAAUAAUAAAAAAGGUUUAUUUCCAGUAAAUCAUAUUGAAGAAUUUUAA